UCUUAGCCUCAAACGUCUAUCCAGCUCUGUAGCUGCUUCACUUUUAUCUCGCAGCUUCUGAGACCCAACAUGCUACAUCAGAUAGCCUUCCUGGCCACUGUUACCAUUUUGGGAGUCUUGGAACAAGCAUAUUUUGCCAUGCAAGUGAUCUAUUUUCGGCGGAAGUGCAAAGUAUCUCCUCCAAUAACUUCAGGACCACCAGAAUUUGAACGGAUCUUCAGAGCCCAAGCAAAUUGCUCAGAAUACUUCCCAAUAUUUCUCUCACUCUUGUGGGUGGCUGGAGUCUUUUCCCAUCAAGUUUUGGCUGCAUCCUGUGGGUUAGUUUACCUGUAUGCACGUUAUCGGUACUUUAGCGGCUAUACACGUUGUGCUCAAGAAAGACUGGGCCCCAUGUACUUCAGUGCUGGAGUUCUUUGCUUUCUUAUUGGUUUAUCUGUGGUAGGGCUCAUUGUCCAUUUUGCACAUCACUGGACACAUUUUUGGUUCCAGAAGUGAGUUUCUGAGUCACCCAUCAAUGCUCUUCUGUUGCUAAA